AUGGGUAUCGAUCUCGACCGCCACCACGUCAAGGGCACGCACCGCAAGGCGCCCAAGAGCGACAAUGUCUACCUCAAGCUCCUGGUGAAGCUCUACAAGUUUCUGGCCCGCCGCACGGAUUCGUCCUUCAACAAGGUCGUCCUCCGCCGGCUGUUCAUGUCCAAGAUCAACCGCCCCCCGGUCUCCCUGUCCCGCAUCGUCGGCAACAUCAACAAGGAGGGCGAGAAGCGCAUCGUCGUCGUCGUCGGCACCGUCACCGAUGACAACCGCCUGUUGACCUUCCCCAAGGCCACCGUCGCCGCCCUGCGCUUCACCGCCACGGCUCGCGCCCGCAUCGUCGCCGCCGGCGGCGAGGCCAUCACCCUGGACCAGCUGGCCCUGCGCUCUCCCACCGGCAGCAACACCCUGAUCCUCCGUGGCCCCAAGAACGCCCGCGAGGCCGUCAAGCACUUCGGCUUCGGCCCCCACAGCCACAAGAAACCCUAUGUCGAGUCCAAGGGCCGCAAGUUCGAGCGUGCCCGUGGUCGCAGACGCUCGCGUGGCUUCAAGGUUUAA